AUGGCCAGAGUUCACUCUCUGAGGGCUUCUGAUAUUAAAGUUGUGGCAGCCAUUGGGAAUCUUGAAAUUCCUCCAGACUUGGGGACGGUGAACCUGAAGAAGCAAAACUGGACUGAAGAAAGACCAGAGCAGGCGUGCAUGCUAGUGACAGUCCUCUCAGAUGUCAUCAGUCAUUUCAAUCCUUCUGUUCUGAGGCCCAUGUGCUCUCCUGGGAAGAGUGUUGUGCCCCACAACGACACUGAAGACCUGUGGAUUCAGGCCAAAGAACUGGUGAGAAGCAUGAAAGAGAACCUGCAACUCAGCUUUCAGAAUGACUGGAAGCUCAUCAAUGUGUUCUUCCGCCACGCAAGUCAGUGCCACCUGUGUUCCUCAGCCCACCAGGAAAGCCACGUGAUGGGUAGCAUGGACAAACUGACUCGAAUGCUAGACUACCUGCACGAGGAGGUCCCCAAAGCAUUUGUGAACCUGGUGGAUCUCUCUGAAGCUAUGGAAGUCUCUCGCUGGCAUCAGGACACUCAGCUCAGCCCCACAGCAGAGCCCUGCAGAUGCUUAGUGGAGACUUCAGAGCUGUCCAGGGUUGUGAUGCAGUGGUCCUAUCAGGAAACCUGGGAGAAGCUCCUGGCCUCCAGCAAGUACAACGAGCGGGAGUCCUUCACGGUUGUAUUCCAGCCUCUCUUGUCUGAGACAGCCCUGUCGCCCGUCUUGGGAGAACCAUCACUCCAGGAUCCCACCGCACUUGCCUUGAAUCUCUGGAACAGCAUGAUGGAGCCAGCAGGACAGAAGGAUGAGCCAUUCAGUGCAGAAGAGAGGAGGCCAAUGAAAUGUCCCAGUCAGGAAGAGCCCUAUCUGUUUACCUACACGAAUAGCAACUACCUGCCCAGCUCAUCAAAACCCCAAAAGAUGCCUGAGGUGAGAGAAGGAACGGAAGUCAGAUGUCCUGACAAGGAUCCAUCCGACUCGAUUCCUUCCUCAGUUCACAGGUUGAAGCCAGCUGACAUCAAGGUAAUUGGAGCCAUGGGCGACUCUCUCACGGCAGGUAAUGGAGCCGGAUCCAAGUCUUGGAACAUCUUGGAUGUCCUUACUCAGUACCGAGGCCUGUCCUGGAGUGUUGGUGGAGAUCAGAACAUAAGCACAGUCACUACCUUGGCAAACAUCCUCCGGGAAUUCAACCCUUCCCUGACGGGCUUCUCUGUUGGCACCGGGACAGAAAGCAGUGCAGGAGCCUUCCUCAACCAGGCCGUGGCAGGGGAACGAGCUGAGGAUUUAGCCACCCAGGCCAGGAGGCUGGUGGACCUGAUGAAGAAUGACACGAGGAUAAAUUUUCAGGAAGAUUGGAAGAUAAUAACCGUGUUUAUAGGCAGCAAUGACCUCUGUGGUUUCUGCAACGACCCGGUUCGCUAUUCUCCCCAGAACUUCACGGACAACAUUGGGAAGGCUCUGGACAUCCUCCACGCUGAGGUUCCUCGGGCUUUUGUGAACCUGGUGUCGGUGCUGAAGAUCGUCACCCUGAGGGAGCUGUACCAAGAGGAGAAAGUCAGCUGCCCAAAGCUGAUCCUCAGGUCUCUGUGUCCCUGUGUCCUGGAGUUUGAUGACAACUCAACAGAAAUCGCCACCCUCGUUGAAGUGAAUAAAAAGUAUCAGGAGGGGACCCACCAGCUGGUUGACAGCGGGCGAUAUGACACGAGGGAAGAUUUUACGGUGGUUGUGCAGCCGUUCUUUGAAAAAGUGGACAUGCCAAAGACCCCGGAGGGGUUGCCUGACAGGUCUUUCUUCGCUCCUGACUGCUUCCACUUCAGCAGCAAGUCUCAUGCCCGUGCAGCCAGUGGCCUGUGGAACAACAUGCUGGAACCUGUUGGCCAGAAGACAGCAGAGCAUAAUUUUGAAAAUGAGAUCAGUAUCACAUGUCCAGACCAGGUCUGGCCGUUUCUGGGCACAAACAAGAACGUGCAGGGCCAUGGGAGCUGGCUGCUGUGCAGGGACAGAGCUCCUUCUGCCUCAUCCCCCACCUCAGUACAUGCCCUGAGACCCGCGGACAUUCAGGUUGUGGCUGCCCUGGGGGAUUCUCUGACUGCUGGCAAUGGAAUUGGCUCUAAACCAGAAGACCUUCCUGAUGUUGCCACACAGUAUCGGGGACUGUCAUUUAGUUCUGGAGGGGACGACUCCCUGAAGAAUGUGACCACAUUACCUAAUAUCCUUCGGGAGUUUAACAGAAAUCUCACAGGCUACGCGGUGGGCACAGGCGACGCCAAUAGCAUAAAUGCGUUCCUCAAUCAGGCUGUUCCUGGAGCAAAGGCUGAGGAACUUGCGCACCAAGUCCAGACCCUGGUGCAAAGGAUGAAAACGGACCAUAGAGUAAACUUCUAUGAAGACUGGAAGGUCAUCACUGUGCUGAUUGGUGGCAGUGAUCUCUGUGACUAUUGCAUGGAUUCGAAUCUGUAUUCUGCAGCCAACUUUUUUGACCAUGUCCGCAAUGCCUUGGAUGUCUUACACAGAGAGGUGCCCAGAGCCCUGGUCAACCUCGUGGACUUCAUGAGCCCCAGUGUCAUACGGCAGGUGUUCCUGGGAAACCCAGACAAGUGCCCAGUGCAGCAGGCCAGUGUUCUGUGUAACUGUGUUCUGAGCCCGCGGGAGAGCUCCCAAGAACUGGCCAGUUUGGAGGUCGUCACCCAAGCCUACCAGAACAGCAUGCGUGAGUUGGUCGAGUCUGGUCGCUAUGACACACGGGAGGACUUCUCCGUGGUUCUGCAGCCCUUCUUCCGCAAUAUCCGGCUCCCAGUCCUGGAGGAUGGUCGCCCGGAUACAUCCUUCUUCGCCCCAGACUGCAUCCACCCAAGUCAGAAAUUCCACUCCCAGCUCUCCAGGGCCCUUUGGGUCAAUAUGCUUCAGCCACUAGGAGGGAAAACAGAUACCCUUGACCUGACAGCAGCCAUACCCCUCUCCUGCCCCACUCAGAAUGAUCCCUUCCUGAGAACCUCCCGGAACAGUAACUACACAUACCCUGCCAAGCCAGCCACUGAGAACUGGGGCAGUGACUUCCUGUGUAUGGACUGGAGUCCUUCCAACAUUGUUCCCACUUCGGUUCACAAGCUCCAACCAGCAGACAUCAAAGUGGUGGCAGCCCUGGGUGACGCGUUGACUACAGCUGUGGGAGCCCGACCAAGCAACUCCAGUGAGCUACUCACGCCCUGGAGGGGACUCUCCUGGAGCAUUGGAGGGGAUGGCGUGUUGGAGACCCACACCACGCUGCCCAACAUUCUGAAGAAGUUCAACCCUCACAUCCUUGGGUUCUCUACCGGUACCCAAGAGGAGACAGCGGGGCUGAAUGUAGCAGUGGAUGGGGCCAGAGCUCGAGACAUGCCGGCCCAGGCCCGGGACUUGGUGGAGCAAAUGAAGAAGAGCCCAGAAAUCAACCUGGAGAAAGACUGGAAGUUGAUCACGCUCUUCGUCGGGGGCAAUGACUUGUGUCAUUACUGCGAGAAUCCGGAGGCCCACUCAGCCCAGGAGUAUGUUCGGCACCUCCAACAAACCCUGGAUAUCCUCUAUGAAGAGCUUCCAAGGGCUUUCGUCAACAUGGUGGAAGUCAUGGAGCUGGCUGGCCUGCACCAGGGCCAGGAUGGGAAAUGUGAUAUGCCGAUGGCAGCUCAGAGUAACUGCACUUGCCUCAGACACUCCCAGGAGAACUCCCUGGAGAUGCAGGAACUGAAGCAAGUGAACUGGAACUUCCAGAGUGGUGUCUCCAAGUUUUCCUACUGGCACCAGUACAUGCAGCGGGAGGACUUUGCGGUUGUUGUGCAGCCCUUCUUCCAAAACACUCUCGUCCCACUGAAUGACAGAGGGGACACUGACCUCACCUUCUUCUCGGAGGACUGUUUCUACUUCUCAGAACGUGGUCAUGCUGAGAUGGCCAUCGCGCUCUGGAAUAACAUGCUGGAACCAGUGGGCGGUAAGACAACCUCCAACAACUUCACCCACAGCCGAACCAAACUCAAGUGCCCCUCUCCUGAGCACCCCUACUUCUACACCCUGAGGAACAGUCAGCUACUUCCAGACCAGGCUCAAGAACCCUCCAGCAUGCUCAGCUGGGCCGUGCCAGUGGCAGCAGGACUUGGCCUUGUGGUUGGAGUCGGCGUGGUGAUGGUGUGGAAAGCCGUGAGAUGCCUAGAGGAAGAGCCUCCAGUGAGCCUGACCACUGUGGGCUUCUAG